CAGCUUGACGUUCAGCCAUCGUACUGGGCGACAAAUCAGGAAGAGCAGACUAUUGAACUCUCUGAGAUGGCAAAGUUGAGGUAUAAAGAAAGAGCUUUCAUCUGUUCACUGUUGUCUAAUCGCAUCACUUUCUACAGUGUAACAGCAACUGCAUCUACACUUCCUCCCAAAGCUCAAUCCAUCAUCAUGAAGGUCUUCACUAUCACAGCAAUCUCCUCUCUCCUCACCCUUACUGCUGCCUUGUCUCCACCAUACGAACCCGUCUGCGAGACAUGCGUCUAUACACCCAAUGAAAACAGGUGCGACAUUACUACGUCGUGCACGUAUGUUUGGGGCCACGACGACCCACAUACACCUGGCCCAUACUACUGCGCUUGCCGCCACGGUUAUCGCGCGACCGGGUAUGAGGCCAACAACAUGGAGGUGCAGUGGCGUCUGCCAUGGUAUGGCACGCCGAGCGGUGAUCCAAGCCAGGAAGGGAGGGUGUUUGUGAAGCCGGGUGUUGAGUGUAAUACGCUCUGUGAUGACUGGUAUCUCGGAAAGGAUGGGUGCAAGGCUGUGCAGGAGAAGGAGUGGUGUAUGUAG